AUGGCCAGAUUCCUAUGCCUUGCAGGUGCCUUCGGGAACGUCGAUAAGUUCAAAGUGCAGCUUGCCCCAAUCCUGAACGAGUUGGAGAGCGAUGGCACUGCCACCUUCCACUUCUCCCAUGGACGUCAUAAAGCCGUUCCCCCUCCGGGAUACGAAGACUUUUUCGGAGGCCCGCCAUUCUUCCGCUGGAUGGAAGAAAGUAAAGAUCCGGGCACUGUCGACGGGCUCGAGCGAAUCCGCGACUUUCCGUCUGGCGCCUCACCGGAAGACACACUUCGCUUGUUCAAUCCCCUCGGGUCUUCCGAGGGUCUCGCCGUAACCGCCGCAGAGGCAUUGGAGCAUCUGAUCGGCAUCAUCAAGGAACAUGGGCCAUUCGAUGGCAUUAUAGGGUAUUCGGAGGGCGCGCUGAUUGCUGGAACGCUCAUCAUGAAAGAGCAGGAAUUGAGGGAGACGAGCGAUUACAAUAACACGUUCAAGCUCGCCAUGUUCUUUGGCGGAUGGCCGCCACUGAAGCCGGAUCUGAAGGGAUUCCUGCUGGCCGACGAGACGGAGAUGCAGAUUCCAGUGGCCACCUGCCAUGUCAUCGGCUCAUUGGACCCCUACCUGGACGGCUCGAUGGCCCUCUUCAACGUGUGCGACCCUGACACGGCCGUGCUGUUCGACCAUGCUAAAGGGCACACUUUACCCCGGGAGAAGGACACUGUGAAGGAGCUGUGCGAUGUCAUUCGCGACAUGAUCGCCGAUGUCCGCAAGCGGGAGCUGGAGGCGGAGCCGUAG